AUGAGCAGCGCCGCUACCGCCACCUCCGCCGCCACCACGGCCGGCAGCGGCGCGGGGGAAGGGGCAGAGGAGGCGGCCAAGGACUCGGCGGACAUCGCGGCGUUCUUCCGAUCCGGGUUUCGCAAAAAUGAUGAAAUGAAGGCUAUGGAAGUAUUGCCAAUUUUAAAGGAAAAGGUUGCAUACCUUUCAGGUGGCAGAGAUAAGCGUGGAGGUCCCAUUCUAACAUUUCCAGCUCGUAGUAAUCACGACAGAAUACGGCAAGAAGACCUUAGAAGACUAAUUUCAUAUCUAGCAUGUAUUCCUAGUGAGGAAGUAUGUAAACGAGGAUUCACCGUCAUUGUAGAUAUGCGUGGGUCAAAAUGGGACUCCAUAAAGCCUCUGCUGAAGAUUUUACAGGAAUCGUUUCCAUGUUGUAUUCAUGUUGCACUGAUAAUCAAGCCAGACAAUUUCUGGCAGAAACAGAGGACUAACUUUGGCAGCUCUAAGUUCGAGUUUGAGACAAAUAUGGUGUCUCUGGAAGGCCUUACCAAAGUAGUUGAUCCUUCUCAGCUAACCCCAGAAUUUGAUGGCUGUUUGGAGUACAACCAUGAGGAGUGGAUAGAAAUCAGAGUUGCCUUUGAGGACUACAUUAGCAAUGCAACCCAUAUGCUGUCCAGACUGGAGGAACUGCAAGAUAUAUUGUCAAAAAAGGAAAUGCCUCAGGACCUGGAAGGUGCUCGCAAUAUGAUAGAGGAGCAUUCACAAUUAAAAAAGAAAGUCAUUAAGGCCCCUAUCGAGGACCUUGAUGUGGAAGGACAAAAGCUGCUCCAGCGGAUACAGAGCAGUGAUAGCUUUCCCAAAAAGAACUCUGGGUCAGGGAAUGCAGACUUACAGAACCUUUUACCCAAAGUGUCCACCAUGCUGGACAGGCUGCACUCAACACGGCAGCAUCUGCAUCAGAUGUGGCAUGUGCGGAAAUUGAAAUUGGACCAAUGCUUUCAGCUCAGGCUGUUUGAGCAGGAUGCUGAAAAGAUGUUUGACUGGAUCACACACAACAAAGGUCUGUUUCUGAACAGCUACACAGAGAUUGGAACCAGUCACCCCCAUGCAAUGGAACUUCAGACACAGCACAAUCACUUCGCCAUGAACUGCAUGAAUGUGUAUGUAAACAUAAGCCGCAUCAUGUCAGUAGCAAACCGCCUGAUCGAGUCUGGUCAUUACGCUUCACAGCAAAUCAAACAGAUUGCCAGUCAGUUGGAACAGGAAUGGAAGGCAUUUGCUGCAGCCUUGGAAGAACGUAGCACGUUACUGGACAUGUCCUCCAUCUUCCAUCAAAAAGCUGAACAGUACAUGAGCAAUGUGGACUCAUGGUGUAAAGCCUGUGGUGAGGUGGAGCUUCCCUCAGAACUGCAAGAUUUAGAAGAUGCUAUCCAUCAUCAUCAAGGGAUAUAUGAGCACAUUACUCUGGCUUACUCUGAGGUGAGCCAAGAUGGGAAAUCACUCCUUGAUAAACUUCAGAGACCUUUGACUCCUGGGAGUUCUGAUUCCCUCACUGCAUCUGCCAACUACUCAAAAGCAGUUCAUCAUGUCCUGGAUGUCAUCCAUGAAGUAUUACAUCACCAGCGCCAACUGGAAAAUAUCUGGCAGCAUCGAAAGGUCCGCUUGCACCAGCGGCUUCAGCUCUGCGUUUUUCAGCAGGAUGUUCAACAGGUGUUGGAUUGGAUUGAAAACCAUGGAGAAGCUUUUCUUAGCAAACACACUGGAGUGGGAAAAUCCCUGCAUCGGGCCAGAGCUUUGCAGAAACGCCAUGAAGACUUCGAAGAGGUUGCACAGAACACAUAUACGAAUGCAGAUAAGCUCCUAGAAGCAGCAGAGCAGCUUGCUCAGACUGGGGAGUGUGACCCGGAGGAGAUUUAUCAAGCUGCCCAUCAGCUCGAAGACCGGAUACAGGAUUUUGUCAGGCGUGUGGAGCAGCGCAAGAUCCUGCUGGACAUGUCUGUGUCCUUUCACACUCAUGUUAAAGAGCUGUGGACGUGGCUUGAAGAGCUACAGAAAGAACUGCUUGAUGAUGUCUAUGCUGAGUCUGUGGAGGCUGUCCAAGACCUGAUUAAACGUUUUGGUCAACAACAACAGACCACUCUGCAGGUUACAGUCAAUGUCAUAAAAGAAGGUGAAGAUCUCAUACAGCAACUAAGGGAUUCUGCCAUUUCUAGUAACAAGACCCCCCAUAACAGCUCGAUCAACCACAUAGAGACGGUCCUGCAGCAGCUGGAUGAGGCCCAGUCUCAGAUGGAGGAGCUUUUCCAAGAGCGCAAGAUCAAGCUUGAGCUGUUUCUGCAGCUCCGCAUAUUUGAAAGAGAUGCAAUAGAUAUUAUUUCAGACCUUGAGUCUUGGAAUGAUGAGCUCUCUCAGCAGAUGAAUGACUUUGACACUGAAGAUCUUACAAUAGCAGAGCAGAGGCUCCAGCAUCAUGCAGACAAAGCCCUGACCAUGAAUAACUUGACCUUUGAUGUCAUCCACCAAGGGCAGGAUCUGCUGCAGUAUGUCAAUGAAGUGCAGGCAUCUGGUGUGGAGCUGCUUUGCGACAGGGACGUGGACAUGGCCACCCGCGUGCAGGACCUGCUGGAGUUCCUGCACGAGAAGCAGCAGGAGCUGGACGUGGCGGCGGAGCAGCACCGCAAGCACCUGGAGCAGUGCGUGCAGCUGCGCCACCUGCAGGCAGAGGUCAAGCAGGUUUUGGGCUGGAUUCGAAAUGGAGAGUCAAUGUUAAAUGCUGGGCUCAUCACUGCUAGCUCUUUGCAGGAGGCAGAACAGUUACAGAGGGAGCAUGAGCAGUUUCAACAUGCAAUAGAGAAAACACAUCAAAGUGCCCUGCAGGUUCAGCAGAAGGCAGAGGCAAUGCUGCAGGCCAAUCACUAUGAUAUGGACAUGAUCCGGGAGUGUGCAGAGAAGGUCGCUUCGCACUGGCAACAGCUGAUGCUGAAGAUGGAGGAUCGUCUCAAGCUUGUGAAUGCCUCUGUUGCCUUCUAUAAAACUUCUGAACAGGUGUGCAGUGUGCUGGAAAGCCUGGAACAAGAAUAUAAGCGAGAAGAAGAUUGGUGUGGGGGAGCAGACAAACUGGGCCCCAACUCUGAAACAGAUCACGUUACUCCCAUGAUAAGCAAACACCUGGAGCAGAAGGAAGCGUUUCUGAAGGCCUGCACACUGGCUCGGAGGAAUGCUGAUGUGUUCCUGAAAUACCUGCACAGGAACAGUGUCAACAUGCCAGGGAUGGUGACACACAUCAAAGCACCUGAACAGCAAGUAAAAAAUAUCUUGAAUGAACUCUUCCAGAGGGAGAACCGUGUGCUGCAUUAUUGGACCAUGCGUAAAAGGCGUCUUGAUCAGUGCCAGCAGUAUGUGGUGUUUGAAAGAAGUGCCAAACAGGCUCUGGAAUGGAUUCAUGACAAUGGAGAGUUUUAUUUAUCCACACAUACUUCCACUGGUUCCAGUAUCCAGCACACUCAAGAGUUGUUGAAAGAACAUGAGGAGUUUCAGAUCACAGCAAAGCAAACCAAAGAGAGGGUGAAGUUGUUGAUACAGCUGGCUGAUGGCUUUUGUGAAAAAGGGCAUGCUCAUGCAACAGAGAUUAAAAAAUGUGUCACAGCAGUGGAUAAGAGGUACAGAGACUUUUCCCUGCGCAUGGAGAAAUACAGGACCUCUUUAGAGAAAGCUCUGGGUAUUUCCUCAGAUUCCAAUAAAUCGAGCAAAAGCUUGCAGCUGGAUAUAAUCCCAGCCAGUGUCCCUGGGUCAGAGGUGAAACUGCGUGAUGCUGCUCAUGAGCUUAACGAAGAAAAACGAAAGUCUGCCCGCAGGAAAGAGUUCAUUAUGGCUGAGCUAAUUCAGACAGAAAAGGCUUACGUAAGAGACCUCCGGGAAUGCAUGGAUACAUAUCUAUGGGAAAUGACAAGUGGAGUUGAGGAGAUCCCACCUGGUAUUGUAAACAAAGAACACAUUAUCUUCGGAAACAUGCAGGAAAUUUAUGAGUUCCACAAUAAUAUAUUUCUCAAGGAGUUGGAAAAAUAUGAACAGUUACCAGAAGAUGUUGGACAUUGCUUCGUUACUUGGGCAGACAAAUUCCAGAUGUACGUUACCUACUGUAAAAAUAAGCCAGAUUCCACUCAGCUGAUAUUAGAACAUGCGGGAGCAUACUUUGAUGAGAUACAACAACGACAUGGACUGGCCAACUCUAUCUCCUCUUACCUUAUCAAACCUGUCCAAAGGAUAACAAAAUACCAGCUUCUUUUAAAGGAGCUGCUCACGUGCUGUGAAGAAGGUAAAGGUGAGAUUAAGGAUGGCCUGGAGGUGAUGCUUAGUGUGCCAAAGCGAGCCAAUGAUGCCAUGCAUCUCAGCAUGCUGGAAGGCUUUGAUGAAAAUAUAGAAUCUCAGGGAGAGCUCAUCCUUCAAGAAUCCUUCCAAGUGUGGGACCCAAAAACUCUGAUUCGAAAGGGAAGAGAGAGGCACCUUUUCCUUUUUGAGAUGUCCUUGGUUUUCAGUAAAGAAGUGAAGGACUCGAGCGGAAGGAGCAAGUACAUUUACAAGAGCAAACUGUUUACUUCUGAAUUGGGUGUCACAGAACAUGUAGAAGGAGACCCCUGCAAGUUUGCUCUGUGGGUUGGAAGGACGCCAACUUCAGACAACAAAAUUGUUCUCAAGGCAUCCAGUAUAGAGAAUAAACAGGACUGGAUCAAACACAUCCGGGAAGUGAUACAAGAAAGGACUAUUCAUCUGAAGGGAGCAUUGAAAGAGCCCAUCCACAUUCCCAAAACUGCACCAACAACAAAACAGAAAGGAAGAAGAGAUGGCGAGGACCUGGACAGUCAGGGAGAUGGCAGCAGCCAGCCUGAUACUAUUUCAAUUGCCUCACGAACCUCCCAGAACACGCUAGACAGUGAUAAGUUGUCUGGUGGGUGCGAGCUGACUGUGGUGAUCCAUGACUUCACCGCCUGCAACAGCAACGAGCUGACAAUCCGCCGUGGGCAGACCGUGGAGGUCCUGGAGAGGCCCCAUGACAAGCCCGACUGGUGUCUGGUGCGAACCACGGAUCGCUCCCCAGCUGCGGAAGGCCUGGUCCCCUGCGGCUCCCUCUGCAUCGCCCACUCUCGCAGCAGCAUGGAGAUGGAGGGCAUUUUUAACCACAAAGACUCCCUUUCAGUCUCCAGCAAUGAUGCCAGUCCUCCCGCUUCCGUAACGUCACUUCAGCCCCACAUGAUCGGUGCUCAAAGCUCCCCGGGCCCCAAGCGCCCUGGCAACACCUUGAGGAAAUGGCUCACCAGUCCUGUGAGGCGCCUGAGCAGUGGCAAAGCAGAUGGGCACGUCAAAAAACUGGCCCACAAGCAUAAGAAGAGCAGAGAGGUGCGUAAGAGUGCCGAUGCAGGCUCUCAGAAGGACUCCGACGACAGUGCAGCAACCCCACAAGAUGAAACUGUUGAAGAGAGAGGUCGGAACGAGGGGCUGAGCAGUGGCACUCUCUCCAAGUCAUCCUCUUCAGGCAUGCAGAGCUGCGGAGAGGAGGAGGGCGAAGAGGGAGCAGAUGCUGUGCCGCUCCCUCCUCCCAUGGCAAUUCAGCAACACAGUCUUCUCCAGCCCGACUCGCAGGAUGACAAGACCUCUUCUCGAUUGUUGGUGCGGCCGACAAGCUCCGAGACGCCCAGUGCUGCAGAACUCGUCAGUGCCAUUGAGGAGCUCGUCAAAAGUAAAAUGGCUCUGGAGGACCGUCCAAGUUCCUUGUUGGUAGAUCAAGGUGACAGCAGCAGUCCAUCCUUCAACCCUUCAGAUAAUUCCCUUCUAUCCUCCUCGUCACCCAUAGAUGAGAUGGAGGAAAGGAAAUCCAGCUCCUUAAAAAGACGACACUAUGUCUUACAGGAAUUAGUGGAGACAGAGCGAGAUUAUGUGCGAGAUCUGGGCUACGUAGUUGAGGGUUAUAUGGCACUUAUGAAGGAAGAUGGUGUACCUGAUGAUAUGAAAGGCAAAGACAAGAUUGUAUUUGGAAACAUUCACCAGAUUUAUGACUGGCACAGAGACUUCUUUUUAGGAGAGUUGGAGAAGUGCCUUGAAGAUCCAGAAAAGCUGGGAUCCCUGUUUGUUAAACAUGAGAGAAGGUUGCACAUGUACAUAGUUUACUGCCAAAACAAACCAAAGUCUGAGCACAUUGUCUCAGAAUACAUUGAUACAUUUUUUGAGGAUCUAAAGCAACGCCUGGGCCACAGACUUCAGCUCACAGACUUGCUAAUAAAACCUGUGCAGAGAAUUAUGAAAUACCAGCUGUUACUAAAGGACUUCCUCAAGUAUUCUAAAAAGGCUAAUCUUGACACAACAGAACUAGAGAAAGCUGUAGAGGUCAUGUGUAUAGUACCAAAACGGUGUAAUGACAUGAUGAAUGUUGGCCGCCUGCAAGGAUUUGAUGGUAAAAUUGUAGCCCAGGGUAAGCUCCUGCUCCAGGACACAUUCUUGGUUACAGACCAGGAUGCAGGACUUCUGCCACGCUGCAAGGAAAGACGGGUCUUCCUGUUUGAGCAGAUUGUCAUUUUCAGUGAGCUGCUAGAUAAAAAGAAAGGUUUCUCCAUGCCCGGAUUCUUGUUUAAAAACAGUAUCAAGGUGAGUUGCCUUUCUCUGGAGGAAAAUGUGGACAGCGAUCCAUGUAAAUUUGCACUAACAUCAAGAACGGGCGAUGUCACGGAGACCUUUAUUUUGCAUUCUGCCAGUCCGGGAGUCCGCCAGUUAUGGAUCCAUGAAAUUAACCAAAUUUUGGAAAACCAGCGCAACUUUUUAAAUGCCUUGACGUCCCCGAUCGAGUACCAGAGGAACCACAGCAGUGGUGGAGGCGGCGGCGGGAGCAGCAGCGGUAACAGCGGCGGCCCCAGCAGCUGUAGUGGCAUCCCCAGCUCCAGCCGUAGCCGGCCAUCCCGGAUCCCCCAGCCUGUCAGACACCAUUCCCCAGUCCUGGUCUCCUCUGCAGCCUCGGCCCAAGCAGAGGCAGACAAGAUGUCAGGUAUGUCCAUUCACAAUCACUCCCUGCCACACUACAACACCUCUUUAGAAGCUGGCCUGAGCCAGCCAGACAGGCACCCUCCCAGUGCAGAGCUGGAUGGUCCUCAGAGAGAAGCUGAACAGAUUCCCAAGAUGAAAGUUAUUGAAAGUCCCAGGAAGACAGCAGGAAACAUUUCUGGCUCAGCUGAUGGAGCCCAGAAAGACUCACGUGGAAUCUCAGAGGACAGUCGAACAAGAAACAGCAUAGGAUCACUGACGCUUGGGAAGCCAAGGCCAGGAGCCAUCUCUCCAAUGAACUCUCCUCUGUCCACGACUUUCCCUUCUCCUUUUGGCAAGGAAACCUUUCCACCCAGCAGCCCCCUGCAGAAGGGCUCCUUUUGGAGUUCCAUCCCAGCAUCCCCUGCCAGCCGCCCUGGCUCCUUCACUUUCCCUGGGGACAGUGACUCCCUGCAGCGGCAGGUCCACCGCCACUCUUCACACAGCAAGGACACAGACCGCAUGAGCACAUGCUCCUCGACCAGCGAGCAGUCAGUUCACUCCACCCAGAGUAAUGGGAGUGAAAGUAGCAGCAGUAGCAAUAUCUCCACCAUGCUGGUGACACACGAUUACACGGCAGUGAAGGAGGAUGAGAUAAAUGUCUACCAAGGAGAGGUCGUGCAGAUUCUAGCCAGCAACCAACAGAACAUGUUUUUGGUGUUCAGAGCCGCCACCGAUCAGUGCCCCGCAGCCGAGGGCUGGAUUCCCGGCUAUGUCUUGGGGCAUACCAGUGCAAUCAUCAUUGACAACCCUGAUGGAACCAUCAAGAAGUCAACGUCUUGGCACACAGCACUCCGAUUAAGGAAGAAAUCUGAGAAAAAAGAUAAAGACGGCAAAAGGGAAGGCAAGCUAGAAAAUGGUUAUCGCAAAUCCCGAGAAGGACUUGCCAACAAGGUUUCUGUAAAACUUCUCAACCCUAAUUACAUUUAUGAUGUUCCCCCAGAGUUUAUAAUUCCAUUGAGUGAGGUAACAUGUGAGACAGGAGAGACCAUCGUGCUUAGGUGUAAAGUCUGUGGUCGCCCCAAGGCUUCAGUUACUUGGAAAGGUCCUGAUCAUAAUACACUGAGCAAUGACGGUCAUCACAGCAUUUCCUACAGUGACUUGGGAGAGGCGUCGCUGAAGAUCGUUGGCGUCACUGCGGAAGACGAUGGUAUCUACACGUGCAUAGCUGCAAACGACAUGGGUUCGGUUUCAUCCUCCGCCAGUCUACGAGUUUUAGGUCCUGGAAGUGAUGGGAUCAUGGUAAUCUGGAAAGACAACUUUGAUUCCCACUAUAGUGAAGUGGCUGAGCUUGGCAGGGGCAGAUUUUCUGUCGUUAAGAGGUGUGACCAGAAGGGAACCAAGCGAGCAGUAGCCACUAAGUUUGUGAAUAAGAAGUUGAUGAAGCGAGACCAGGUUACCCAUGAACUUGGAGUCAUGCAGAAUCUCCAGCAUCCCCAGCUCAUUGGCCUUCUCGAUACCUUUGAGACCUCCACCAACUACAUACUAGUGUUAGAAAUGGCUGACCAGGGUCGCCUUCUGGACUAUGUCGUGCGAUGGGGAAACCUCACAGAAGGGAAGAUCAGACUCUACCUGGGAGAGAUUCUGGAAGCUGUGCAGUAUCUUCAUAACUGCAGAAUAGCACACUUGGACCUAAAGCCUGAAAAUAUUUUGGUGGACCAGAGUUCCACUAAGCCAACAAUAAAACUGGCUGACUUUGGAGAUGCAGUCCAGCUCAAUACCACGUAUUAUAUCCACCAGUUACUUGGAAACCCAGAGUUUGCAGCUCCUGAAAUUAUUCUUGGAAAUCCUGUUUCACUCACUUCAGAUGUUUGGAGCAUUGGAGUGCUCACUUAUGUCCUUCUUAGUGGCGUCUCUCCUUUCCUGGAUGAAAGCGUAGAGGAAACUUGCCUGAAUAUUUGCCGCUUAGACUUUAGUUUCCCAGAUGACUACUUCAAAGGAGUUAGCCAGAAGGCCAAAGAUUUUGUAUGCUUCCUACUUCAGGAUGACCCAGCUAAGCGUCCCUCGGCUGCACUGGCCCUCCAGGAGCAAUGGCUGCAGCUGGGGAAUAGCAAAAGUGCUGACAGCAUUGAUAUAUCCAGACUGACUUCGUUCAUUGAGCGGCGAAAACACCAGAAUGAUGUUCGACCCAUCCGUAGCAUUAAAAACUUCUUACAGAGCAGGCUCUUGCCAAGAGUUUGACCUUGCUUGAAGUUCUCUCUCAUUCUCUUUCACCUGCCAAUCAAUCAGACUGGAGAUGGACUCCUCCUGCCAAUCAAUCAGACUGGAGAUAGACUCCUCCUGCCAAUCAGCUGUUGACUUGAAUUUUGAGGAAAGCAAACCCCAAGCCAACCAGCUGCUAGUGAAUGUUCGUGUGCAAAUGCAUUCCACAGGGACCCGCGCAGGGCGGCGCGGGGGACUGGAGAUGCAGACUUCACGGGGGUGGAGGACAAUAGCACUGUACUCUGCAAAAAGCAGUCACAAGCGAUACAGCAACAGUAUUUUAUUCAGGUUUCUGCAAAAAAAAUAGUUUUUUUAAUAAACAAGAGUUGAAUUUUGCAAGUGAACUUAGCUACCGUUUUCAAGAUUUAUUCAAGGAAGAAAUGCCUAUGUUUAAAGCACUGGUGUUAAACAAAAAUCAGAUCAUGCCUGGAGAAGACUCACUAAAAUGGCUGCCCAUUGGUACGGCCUCCAUUUAUAACAUCUGGUUUUCACUUGGUCCUAGAGCUUUCCAGUUGCCUCGCCUGUAUGUAUCUCACGUAGCAGUGCACUGAGAUCAGACUCUGCUUUUAAGUGCAUCCAACCUCAAAAGAUUUUGCAUACAAAUAGAAUGAAUUGUUUUGCUCUGAUAAAAUGUAGGCCUUACUUGUAUAUAGACUGUUACCUGCCUUCGGUCUGUAAUUUUUUUUCCCUCUUCUCAUCCUUUUUUCCCCCCUCCUUCCUAAAUGGUGGUAUACCACUGUGCGGGUCUUCAGUUUGGGUCAGUAGUCACUGUCCCCCUAGAAAAGAACUUUGGGUUGGUGCCCAGCUUGCUGACCCAAUUGUCAAGCAGUAUACAGCAGGAUGAAAUACUGUAAAUGCACUCAUUUGGGAUUUUGUUUUCUUUCAUAUCAUGUGCAAUGUUGUGGCUUUAACAUUUUAUGCAACUAUUUAUGAGGACCUCUGUUGUAACUGUAAUAAAUAUAUAGAAAAAGCACAUAGUACGGCGAGCUUUAUGGUUUUGUUUGUGUGAUUGGGGGUUCUGGGUGGGCAUGGGCGGGUGUGUUGUACCACACUGUCAUUAUUAGUUUAAGAUGAGGAUUAGCAUGGAAUUUAGUCAAGACUAGUCAGUUUUAAGGAUUGUUAAAAAGAAAAAAAAUUAAGAGAGAGAGAGAGAGAGAGAUUAGUAUCCCAAAUGUCAAACUGGUUAAGAAGUAGAGUGACACUUUUUAAAAUUAUUACUAUUAUAUUUAAAAUGCCAAAGUCUGACUUUCCCCAAAUCAGUCUCAACACUUAACUACUUUUUAGAAUUUUCAAAUCUGUUUUUUUACUUCUUUCUGUGAAAUGAACAAAUUAAUCUUGUGGUCUUUGGUGAAGAAUAUAUUUGGCAAGUAGCAGUCAGAUGAGGAGAAUUGGACAUGUAAUGUAAUUGUCUUAGUAACUGUUUUUAAGGUUGAAGUAAUAUUAGCGUGAGAUAUUUAAAAAGACAGAGAUGGUUUUCUGUGCAUCACUGAGUUCAUGUGGGUGUGUUGUCAUCUUUGUUUGUGUGAAAUGCCAUGUUUAAGGAAACCAAGCCGACAUCCCACAAGAGUUAGAUAUAUGGGUGUUAAGCCAUAACCUAGCUUGGGUUAGUUUUGAGCUUUGUGAGUUCCACUGAAUCCUAUUUAUUCUUUUUUUUGUUUUGUUUUGUUUUGUUUGGGUUUUUUUGUAAAGUUGUACAGAAACUUUUUAAAAGAAAACAACUGACUUCGAAACUGGAUGUGUAUUCGUUAUUCGUACCAACCUCAUAUCAUUAUGUUUGUGUAUUAUUUUCCUUUAUUGUUUUAGUUAAAUUUUUUGCUUUAUUUUGCAUGUAUAUUUCUUUGUACAGUGAUGUUACAUGUUUACACAGUAUGACAUGAUGUAAAUAUUUUAUUUUGCCAUCAGUUAUUUUGAAAAAAAUUAAACAUAUUUGACAUAAUUGUCUGAUCUCUUGCUUUAAGAAGUUUGACAGUUUAGGUUUGGCUAUAUUUUAAUUUGGCUCUGUUAUUUUUUAAAAAAGUAUGUUAUUUUAUUGCCAUAAAAUUCAUUUUAAAUUGCAAUGAUGUAUCUUUCCUUCAUGCCUUACAAAAUAAUAUUUGCCUUUGCUUUAAGUGUUGAUUGCUUUGUAAUGUCAUGAAUGCUUUUAUAUAAAACAUGCAUAACUCCCUAACUG